GAGACGCCCCCCGCCGCUGGCUCGCGGGAGUUUGCCUGCGCGCCGGGCCCCUCCGGCCCCGAGCCCGGCUCCUCUGCGGAUCACCGACGGCCGCUCGGAGCGGAGAGCAUGGUGCCAGCGCCCGGGUUAAUCUAGUCCUCGGCUCGCUCCUCUUUUCCGCCUCCCCCCCUUCCUCCUCCUUUACGUCCUGUGGGUGCCGCCUCCGGGUUGCCGGUGUGUGGGAGUACAACUCUCUCUCUGCCUCUCCAAGGAGACUGGUUUGUGACAACCGAGCAGAACUUGCCCAUUGAAAGCCAACCCAGAACAGCUGGAUAAUGUCCACUCCGAGCAGAUUCAAAAAGGACAAAGAGAUCAUAGCCGAGUACGAAAGUCAAGUCAAAGAAAUCAGAGCUCAGCUGGUAGAGCAACAAAAAUGCCUGGAGCAGCAAACAGAGAUGCGAGUUCAACUUCUCCAGGACCUCCAGGAUUUCUUCCGGAAAAAAGCUGAAAUUGAGACGGAAUAUUCUCGGAACCUAGAGAAGUUAGCAGAAAGGUUCAUGGCAAAAACAAGAAGCACCAAGGAUCAUCAGCAGUACAAGAAAGACCAGAAUUUGCUGUCUCCAGUGAACUGCUGGUAUUUGCUUCUGAACCAAGUGAGAAGAGAAAGCAAAGACCAUGCAACUUUGAGUGACAUCUAUCUGAACAAUGUGAUUAUGCGUUUCAUGCAGAUAAGUGAGGAUUCCACCAGGAUGUUUAAAAAGAGCAAAGAGAUUGCAUUCCAACUUCAUGAGGAUUUGAUGAAGGUUCUUAAUGAACUCUAUACGGUGAUGAAAACAUACCAUAUGUAUCAUGCAGAGAGCAUCAGCGCAGAGAGCAAGCUGAAAGAGGCUGAGAAACAAGAAGAAAAGCAAAUUGGAAGAUCUGGUGAUCCGGUCUUUCAUAUUAGACUGGAGGAGAGACAUCAGCGGCGAAGCUCUGUAAAGAAAAUUGAAAAGAUGAAAGAAAAAAGACAAGCAAAGUAUUCGGAAAAUAAGCUAAAAUCAAUUAAGGCGCGGAAUGAAUAUCUCCUAACCCUUGAAGCAACCAAUGCCUCAGUUUUCAAGUAUUAUAUUCAUGAUCUUUCAGAUUUAAUUGACUGCUGUGAUCUUGGCUACCAUGCAAGUCUGAACAGAGCCUUGAGAACAUAUCUCUCUGCAGAAUAUAAUCUUGAAACUUCCAGACAUGAAGGCUUAGACAUUAUUGAGAAUGCGGUUGACAAUUUGGAGCCCCGGAGUGAUAAACAGAGAUUCAUGGAGAUGUACCCUGCGGCAUUCUGUCCCCCAAUGAAGUUUGAGUUUCAGUCUCACAUGGGUGAUGAGGUGUGUCAGGUCAGCGCUCAGCAGCCCGUCCAGGCCGAGCUCAUGCUCAGGUACCAGCAGCUGCAGUCCCGACUGGCCACGCUGAAAAUCGAGAAUGAGGAGGUUAAGAAAACAACUGAAGCCACCUUGCAGACCAUACAAGAUAUGGUCACCAUUGAGGACUAUGAUGUUUCUGAAUGCUUCCAGCACAGUCGGUCCACGGAAUCUGUGAAGUCUACCGUCUCUGAGACCUACCUGAGUAAGCCCAGCAUUGCCAAGAGAAGAGCAAACCAGCAGGAGACCGAGCAGUUCUACUUCAUGAAACUCAGAGAAUAUUUGGAAGGCAGUAAUCUCAUCACAAAACUUCAAGCCAAACAUGACUUGUUGCAGAGGACCCUUGGAGAAGGUCAUAAAGCUGAAUAUAUGACUACAAGGCCUCCAAACGUUCCCCCUAAGCCCCAGAAACACAGGAAGUCCAGACCCCGCUCACAGUAUAAUGCUAAGUUGUUUAAUGGGGAUUUGGAAACAUUCGUCAAGGACUCAGGACAGAUUAUCCCCCUCAUUGUGGAAAGCUGUAUUCGGUUCAUCAAUCUCUAUGGUCUUCAGCAUCAGGGGAUUUUCAGAGUGUCCGGUUCCCAGGUGGAAGUCAAUGAUAUUAAAAAUUCAUUUGAAAGAGGUGAAAACCCUUUGGCUGAUGACCAGAGUAACCAUGAUAUUAACUCAGUUGCUGGCGUUCUGAAGCUCUAUUUCCGUGGGCUGGAAAACCCCCUCUUUCCUAAGGAAAGAUUCAAUGAUCUGAUUUCUUGUAUCAGAAUAGAUAAUCUCUAUGAGAGGGCGCUUCACAUCCGCAAACUCCUCCUGACCUUGCCUAGGUCCGUCCUUAUAGUGAUGAGGUACCUCUUUGCCUUCCUCAAUCACCUUUCACAGUACAGCGAUGAGAACAUGAUGGACCCUUAUAACCUGGCCAUUUGUUUUGGCCCGACAUUGAUGCCCGUCCCAGACAUACAGGAUCAAGUGUCUUGUCAGGCACACGUUAAUGAAAUUGUCAAAACCAUCAUCAUCCACCAUGAAACUAUUUUCCCAGAUGCUAAAGAGCUGGAUGGCCCUGUUUAUGAGAAAUGUAUGGCUGGGGAUGACUACUGUGACAGCCCAUACAGUGAGCACGGUACAUUGGAGGAAGUGGAUCAGGACGCUGGUACGGAGCCCCACACCAGUGAGGACGAAUGUGAGCCAAUAGAGGCGAUAGCCAAGUUUGACUACGUUGGGCGAUCUGCCAGAGAGCUGUCCUUCAAGAAGGGUGCCUCCCUGCUGCUGUAUCACCGCGCGUCUGACGACUGGUGGGAAGGAAGGCACAACGGCGUUGAUGGGCUCGUGCCUCAUCAGUACAUAGUGGUGCAGGAUAUGGAUGAUACGUUUUCAGACACUCUGAGCCAAAAAGCUGACAGCGAGGCCAGCAGUGGGCCAGUCACUGAAGACAAGUCUUCAUCCAAGGACAUGAGCUCCCCAACAGACCGUCACUCUGAUGGCUAUUUAGCCAGACAAAGAAAAAGAGGAGAGCCACCCCCUCCACUAAGGCGUCCUGGCAGGACCAGUGAUGGCCAUUGUCCCCUCCACCCCCCACAUGCUCUUUCCAACUCCUCUAUUGACCUGGGGUCCCCAAACUUGGGCAGUCACCCCCGGGGCCUGCUGCAGAACCGUGGCCUCAACAAUGACAGUCCUGAGAGGAGACGCCGACCAGGCCAUGGGAGCCUGACCAAUAUCAGCCGACAUGACUCCCUCAAGAAGAUCGACAGUCCUCCUAUUAGAAGGUCCACGUCAUCAGGGCAAUACACAGGCUUCAAUGACCAUAAGCCAUUGGACCCAGAGACGAUCGCUCAGGACAUCGAAGAGACGAUGAACACUGCUUUGAAUGAACUCCGAGAACUGGAGAGACAGAGCACAGCGAAGCAUGCCCCCGACGUGGUGCUGGAUACCUUGGAACAAGUGAAGAACGUGCCCACCCCCGCCACUUCCACAGAAUCUCUCAGCCCUUUGCACAACGUUGCCUUCAGGAGCUCAGAGCCUCAGAUUCGACGUAGCACGAGCUCCUCCAGCGACACAAUGAGUACUUUCAAGCCGCUGGUGGCGCCCAGGAUGGGCGUGCAGCUGAAGCCCCCAGCCCUGCGGCCAAAGCCUGCCGUUCUUCCAAAAACAAACCCUACCGUGGGCCCGGCCCCACCUUCCCAAGGUCCAGCAGACAAGUCCUGCACAAUGUAAACUCCACAUGAGCAAGGUCGUGUGGGGCAGUGAUGAAAAACAAAAAACGGAUCAGUGACAAAAGUCAGUGAUCUAUAACUUUCCUUAGUUUUGUGCUUAUAACUGGAGAUUUUUGGCUUUUCUAUGUUCUUGAAUGUAAUGUCGGAGACUAGCUAAAUUAACACGGGCAUUUGUAUUUUGUAAUUUUUUUCCUUUUUUCUUAGUAACUGGACAUCUCUCAUGUCGUCUUAAAGACAACAGAAACACUUAGAUUUACUUGAAAAUCCAAUGCUGCGCCAUUUGCCACGAAGGCCACACCACUCUGCUCUCCGCAUCACUAGGCGCUUCAGGUUUAGUGUUGCCUGGGUGAGUCCGAAAUGUCUGGAUCUGAAGGCACAAGAAUCUGAGUCCCAGGCCAUGGAGUCCAGCCAGCGCUGGUCUGUGGCUCCUGGGGGGAUGGCUGAGAAGUGGCAUCGGCACUGCUGGGUAGCUGACAGCGGCCUCGGCGUUGUCGUGGUGGGACGUCCCCAGGUGGGCUCUCGCCCCACCACAUGGUUGCGUCUUUCAUACGAGUCGUUUCCCUGGGUCUGGGUGAAAAGCUCAGAGGAGGGGGUCAGACCCUCUGCAGUUACUUCUUGAACUGAACCUAGAAAAGGAGAGAGAGCUGAUUGUCCAGAGCCAUCGAUGGGACUCCUUCCACAAGCCUGAUCGGGCCCCCGAAGACUCCCAGGUCCGUCCCCUGCGUUCACAAAGGACUAGAACAGUCUAAUUAUAAAGACUUCCUGCAUACACUCCUCCACAAAUUCCUUCCAAGGUCUGUUAUGAAUGGCCUAGAAAAUGCUUCUAGCCCCGCUAAGCCCCUGUGUUCUCCUCUGAAAUGGAGAACGUGGGCAGCACGCAGGGCCUUGGUUCACUCAGCCUUCUCUCCUGACUCAAUGACCUCGGCUCCUUUAAACCCAAUACAGAGGCUGGAUGAUCGUAAGGCAACUUCUCAGCUCUCCUCUCCCAUUUGCCUCUUUGGGCCAACUGAGGACUGGCUGUGGUACUGGAGUAAGAGCCGAGCUGGCCAAGGGGUGGGGGUCACCUGGCUCCAGGAUUUCCUUGCACUUUUGUACCCUGGAACCAUAAUUUUUUCUUCUCUUCUCUUCUCUUCUCUUCUCUUCUCUUCUCUUCUCUUCUUCUCUUUUCUUUUCAUCUUCUCUUCUUUUCAGGUGGUCUCAACAUAACCCAGGUAGUCAGGGGAACUCUGUGAGAUACCCUCUUUCUCUGACAUCCUGGCACAGGAACCAUUCUCCCUGUGUUUUCCCUCUGUCUUAAAAAGGUUGCUUUGAAUUCAGUUGUUUUUACUAAGGUACAAAUCACCAAUCCCACCAGUAGCAGCUUAUAUCGUCUGUAAACCUACGAGCAUGUUACCUGCUCUGACCUAACUUACUGAUAGAGACUUUUUUUUUUUUUUUUUAAGAAAAAUGGAUGGCCCAGAACUAACCCCUCUCAACCACCAUUGAUUUCCUCCUAGCUUUGGUUUCAUACUGGCAGCCAUUUGCCUGCCCAUCUGAGAGUUGCACAGUAUGGACUGGAAUCUGUUAGCCCGCUGGUGAAGGCCUCAUGCAGGAAAGAAUGAGGCUCUGUACUAAAAACAUGAACAUCAUUCCUGGGAUCUCUCCCCCAGUUUGCCAGUCUAAUCGUUGUAAUGCAAAGAGAGAUUAAAUUAAUGACAUAGGGUUACCUUUCAAAGUCACACUUCUGGUUGCCAGCCAGUGGCGCAAUUUCACUAAUGGAUUGAAUAGAGAAUUUUUUUCCCAAGUAUCCAGGUAUGGUAAGCUUUUAAAUCUUUGAGGUUUCUGAAGCAACCGUUUUGCCCAUUGUGAAAACAAUGCCCGACUCAGCAUCUUGUCCAAGCCUCUGCCUUUUCCCUUGAGCUUUAGUGGUCCUUCAUCAACGUUAGACACCAUGGACACUCAGCCAGGAUUGAGCUCUGAGUACCACUGACCCUUCUAAACAACUUUCCCAAAUCCUAGGAAAUUGAAACCUUGCUAACUAAUCUCCCAGUUCCUCCCAGGGUCCACUUGGGUUUCUAAUUCUCUGUUGCUAGAUGGGGAGACAGAAACCGAGAAUAAAGGUGGAAGGAAGUAAUGGAGGAGGAGGAGACUUUAAAUCUUUUAGAAAUCGAAACAAAAGGGAUUGUUAAAAACUGUUUUCCCAUCUCUGUUGUAAGAGUAAGAUGUAAACAGAGGGUAUCAAAAGGCCAAAGGCAUGUUGGAUUAAUUAGGGGAGAUGGGUAUCUUCUACAAGUUUUAACUUCAAUCUUACUCCUACAAGUUCAUGUCUCCAGGUUUCUCCCUGGCAGGCCUGUCCUGGGUCCCCUUUUCAGUGUUUACACUUCUGAAAUGAGGGUUGCCUCUCCAACCACCGCAUUAGGAUUCUGCUCCCUUAGGUAGCUGCUCUGGGCCCUCAGAGCCUCAGAGGCUGUGCCUUCUACAGGAAACUUCUAAUGCUUCCCCACCACUGCCUUACCCAUCUCUCUCUUUUCUCCCUAUACUCCUGUGACACCUUGAGGCCUUCUUUCUUUUUUUUUUUUUUUUUUCAUCUUUUUUAUUUGUUCCAAUUCCAAGGAAGGACAUGACCUCACGGUGAUUAAGGACUCACCUAUUCUUACUUUGUUUUAGUAAAAGUCUUCAGAUUCCAGGGAGAAGGCAAGGUGGCCCCUUGCCAAAGAUCCAGAAUGACACUCUGGAAGCUCAUUAAAAGCUUCCGCGGCUGCAAGGCUUCACCUGAUGCAUGGCCUUUUCUGCAGCCACUCGUCUGGUGGGGAGGAGGAAGCAUGCAAGGGAUGGGGAGGAAAGGAAGAAUCCUUGAGAUGCUGUGCCCCCACGUUCAAGGAUCAUAUUAUUCUUCAUGCACUGUUUGGCAAAGGGGUCAUUUUGAUGAUGGGCAAAUGAUAGUUCUACAAAGAUGACCAGACUCCACUGACACAAGAAUAUACACAGCUGAUGUAACUCUGUUCGUGUCCCAUCCACAGAACUCACUAAGUAGGUUUACAAGCUGACCUUUUGGGUUUGGGUGAGGGAUAUUAGGAGAGGAUUGUUAGGAGAGAAAGGUAUUCGGUACACAUUUUCUGAUGCUUGUUCUGUAAAUUAUUUGAACCAGUCCAGUGGCCCUUUGCAGAGCUCUGUAUUCACAUUCAGGGUCGAUGCUAUUGUUCGACAGUUUUGCACAUUUUCACACAACGGUCUGACUUUGGUGCCCCUUGAGCCAUCCAUAGAGUAAUUUACUGCAGGCUCCCACUUAAUCUACUGCAGGAAUGACGAACAGCUCUCAGUGGAUAGAGAGAGCAGCUCACGUAGCAAUCGAGUUUUCUUUGUGCUCUUGCCUUCCCAAAAUGGGCUUAUAAUUUAAGGAAAAGAUAAGAGUGGGAAGGAUAGUGGUCUCCUCAGCAUUUGGGAAUGACACACGGUCUAUAAAACGAAGAAACUUUAAUGUGAUAAUUGCAGCCUCUCAAAUUUGAAGCGCCCACACUGUAUGUUAACCAACUGGAAUUUAAAUAAAAUUAAAAAAAAAAAAAAAGUAAAGAGCCCAUAGGCCUGUUGAGAAUUUAGAAGACUUCAGAUUUGGGAUCACAUUUGUUCUCUUCCUGACCACGGUAGUGAGAUGCCAUAAAUGCAGGAAAAGCACUUGGGACGGAGUCCUGCUCGGAGUUGCCCCCCACUUAGGCUCUAGCACCCGAGCAGCUGAGACGCAGAGGCUCAGCCAUGUGUGCGGUAGAGCUCCCACUCCAGACGGUCUCCUGAGCUGCAAACCAACCCUCCAGCUGGGCUGGGGCGGCAGGCUUGGUUCAGGGUGACUUUGGCACCGCUUUAUUCAGAGCAGUAAAACAAACUGGAAAUCAAGCUUUCACUUACCCUAGUAUACUUUCUUUAAAAAAUAGUCUAUGUGGUAUAAUCGAGAUGGGUACCUGUAUCUUUAAAUUACAUAGGGACUUUUGUAUGUUUAAAUAAUUGUACUGGGUUCCAUAAUGCUUAUCUUAGAAACCGUUUAGUAAAAGAAAAUAUAUAAACCGUGCAUUCGUGAAUGCCCCCUUUAGAGCAUUCAUCCAAGUUCAGUGUGUAGUGUGAUGGUUAUUAUAGAUGUUUAAAAAGUAUAGUAAGUGGCUGUGUAACAGGAGAGACUGCUAAAUUUUACCUAUGGACUUAAGGGUAACUCCUGUCCACGUAAUUAAAUCAGUAUUGUCCUUUCCUGUCGGUUUGAUCAACUGCAGUACUGGUAGCUUCCUGCUUGUGACUGUUACCUAAUCGUGUCAAUGUACAUCUGUAGUAUGUACAUGUGAAAGUGCCUUUCUAUUUUAGAGGAGUUUUAGCCUUGCUCUUUACUGUCGCCCCGUCCACCCCUCCACUCCUGCUCCCGGCCCCCCGUGCCCCAAUUCCUUCCGCCCACUUGAGCGCAAACCUCUCCACGCUCUCCCUGCUUCUCUGUGUCCCAUCCUGUGCCUCGAUGCUCAGUAUCGUACCGUCUCGCAUCCUUGUCCAUCGUCCGAUUGUCUCGUUUUUAUGCUGGUAGCCGUGACUGUGCCUUUCCCGCCCGCAGUGUCCCUGUGUCCUCCCUCCCUCUGUCUCUGGAGCUGCCGCUGCCCACGUCACCUGUAAUCUGUCCUGCCUCCGUUACAGUCCCUUGGCUCUGAGGUGGAAAUUUGGGGGUGGGGAUGCUUUUACAGUUCUGGAAGAAAAGAAAUGUUUUGUUAAUCUGUUGUGACAAUGCACUUUUAUGUAUAGUACUGUACAUUUUGGCAUGUACCAUUCCAGGCUCCAAUAUACAGUCAGGUCUGUUCUUCAUGGUGUAUCUUUAUAAUAAAUAAGAUAGUUCUGGCUGCCUUUGUCUUCUCAGUGAUUCUCCAUGAUGUCUUCAUUCCUUUCCUUUUGUUUUCUAAUCACUCGUAACCUCCUGGAGAGCUGAGUUGCAUUUGGUGGUGGGAAUCUACCUUUUUUUUU